AUGAAGGAUACACUAGCCUGGACGAGAACGAUCUCCGCCACAAUCCAGGCAGAGCUAAAUGGUCGCAACAUCAUCUAUUUCCCUGGGUCAUGCGAAUUCGUUGAUAGCGAGACCGACUACUUCACGGCAGGGGCCCGGGAAGUCCAAUCCGCUGCUGUUGCGCGACCUACCUCAACGGCCGACGUCUCGAAGCUUCUCAAGGCGCUCCGUAAACAUUUGCCUUCUGACGUGCCUAUCGCCGUCCGCGGGGCCGGACACGCGACAUAUGGUGGAACGGCCAAGGCCGCUUCCGGGGUGACUAUCGAUAUGCGUGGGAUCAGAGGUGUUAGCAUACUCUCCAGUGGGAAAGCUGUUCGUAUCGGAGCGGGUGAGAAGUGGGGAUCUGUUUACGCCGCACUCGAAGAGCACAAGCCCCCCCUUACCGCGGUAGGUGGGCGCAUGCCCACCGUCGGCGUUGUCGGGUUUCUACUCGGUGGCGGGCUUUCACAUCUUUCUCCUGGCUAUGGUUUCGGAGCAGACACGGUGUCCGUAUGGGAGAUUGUCCUAGCAUCCGGGGAAAUCGUGAGCGCAGCGCGAGAUGAAGACGCAGCAGACCUCUGGGAUGCCUUGCGCGGCGGAUCGACCAACUUCGGAAUCGUCACAGCCGUCGAGAUAGCCUGUUUUCCCCAUCCAACAGUGUUUCGCGGUACAAAUGCCUUCUAUCUAUCUUAUGCGCGAGAAGCUACCCUUAAAGCACUUAUCGACCUGGCUUCGGAGCCAUUUCCGGAAGAUGGGAAACCUAUCAAUUAUGGCAUAUGGUGCAUUACACAUUAUCUUGGUCUGAAAUUUAUAAAUGCCCUAUUGAGUACUACUGGCGCGUCGGCAGAGGUGGAUAUGAAUCCAUUCGUGGGUAUAUGGGGCCGCAUACCUUGGACCGGGAGCCUUACGGCUACGUCGCAUGGCAAACUCAUCGAGGAAGAAGGCAAACUCGCCCCCAAAGGCGGCGCAAGAAUUCUUAAUAAUACAAUCACAGUCAAGAUGGACUUCGAUUUACUCAAUGUUUUGGUCGACUUGUGGUAUUCAUCUGUCAAUACCAUCCAACAAAGAGUAUCAGGACUCAUGUAUUCACUUGUUUUCCAGCCGCUUUCAGUCGGCAUGCUGGAGGCCUCGUGCCGGUCAGCUCCCUCACAGCCACCGGCCACCAACUCUCAGGGCCUGGACCCAAAGGAGGGCCCUCUCAUCGUGCUUGAAAUCUUUAUGACCUGGACGAACAUUGAAGAUGAUGAGUUCGUGGAGAAAGCAGGAUGUCAGUAUCUAGCUGAUGCACGUUCACUCGCUCGCCAUAUGGGCCUUGACCAUCGUUACAUUUUCCCUAAUUAUGCGUGGCCCACAGAGGAGGUAAUGAAAAGCUUCGGUGAUGAACGUUUGACAAUCUUGCGACGUACAGCUCAAAAGUGGGAUCCAGAAGGCUUUUUUCAGAGCCAGUUUGUGGGAGGCUUCAAGAUCAAUAAGUAA